AUGGAAGAGGAGGAAGAGGACACACUCUUUGACCAAGAGGGAUUGCUUGGUCGUAGAGAUGAGGCUGUGUCUGAAAAGAAGGAAUGGAAGCGCAAGCUGCUGAAAACAGCAGUAUUGUCAAUGUCUUUCUUUUGUUUGGGAUUAUGUAUAGCUAUACCAGGUCCCACUCUACUUGAUCUUGGCAAGAGAGUCAACCGCAGUAUAGAACACAUGACUUUCAUCUUCACAGCCCGAUCUGUUGGCUACCUUAUUGGGUCAUUGACUGGUGGAGUGCUGUUUGAUUUCUUUGACCAGCAGAUUUUGCUGUUUUACACCAUGGCUACCGUCGCCGUAGCCACGGCUAGUAUUCCUUGGUGCACUGCCCUGAUUUACCUGUCCGCUUUUGUUUGCGUACAGGGUGUGGCUUUAGGAGUACUGGACACAGGUGGAAAUAUCUUCUGCAUUAAGAUCUGGACCCACAAGAGUGCUCCAUUUAUGCAGGCCUUGCACUUUGCCUUUGGCGUUGGUGCUUUUAUUGCUCCUCUGAUGGCUCGGCCAUUUCUUGUGGACCCUAUUGUGCUUUCCAACAACAUAUCAGAGGUGGAUUACUAUCCGGUUAACUUUAAGCUUCCUUCCUUGCGGUCACUUUCAGGCCAAAGCCGAUUUGUUAGAGGUUUUCAUCACCAUGCAUUCUGGGAUGUAGAUUAUAUACUUUACCAUAAACCGGCGCAUAGCUCUUUGACCUUUCAACAUUCACCACUUGAUUCUGAUAAACAUUUGCAGGAUGGAUAUCAUUUUACCAAUCCUAAGGUUUCUGUUAUAGCUCAAGAGUUUAUAAAACCACCUCAUAAUGACUCCAGUGUCUCCAGUUACUCCAGUGUUUCCAAAUAUUUUGGCAUUGAAAAGAACAGCAGACAUGAUGUGACUAGCAGACGCAGUGUGGAAGACAUGUUUUUUCGAUACAAGCGGGAAGAAUCAAACUCCUCUGAUGCCAUAAAUGGAUCAAACUCCUCUGAUGCCAUAAAUGGCACAGGUAUAGGUAAUAUUACUCAAACGUUGGAUAAGAUAGCUGACAUGAACAGCACCGUUGCAGUAACCUCUACCACGACUACAGUGCUACCCAAAAAGCCAAACUUCAUUGAUGGUGGCGGUCUAAAUGGGCAGUUAGCUGAUUCUGAAAAAAUAAUUCCAAAGCUGAAAGAUCUUAUAAAUAACUCUCCGACAGAGAAUUUAAAAAGCACAAAGGACUUGAUACCAGCAGGAGAUGACUCCAAGGAUCUGGACUCAAAUAAGACAUCCUCUCUUGCCACUGCACAUGCGCCUUCACUUGAUACUGGCAGAAAUGACACACAGUUAAAUGAGGAUACGAGCACAACAUCAGCAACAAACGGCUCAGUCACAGCAACAGCAACAAACACUACUAGCACAGCAUCAACAACAAACAGUACUAGCAUAUCAUCAACAACAGACAGUACAACCACAGCAUCAACAACAGUCAGUACAACCACACCCACAUCAACAACGACAGUGAGUACAUCCACGUCUGCUACAACAACAGAUACAACAUCUACCACAACAGUGAUGCCGUCUGUAUCUUCAACUUUAACUUCUUCAGUGACCACUACCGCAGUUGUAACAACUGCCACAGCAAGUGUUACACCAGAGACCAGAACAAACCCCCCAGAGUCAGCAACAAAGCCUUUUGAAGCCGUAGAUGAUUUGUCCACUGUUAACACAAGCACGGGCAAAAACAUAUCCAGCAGGUCUGAAAACGAUCUUUUUAGCGACAUGUUUGCAGCUGUAAUAGGCAUGUCUAAGAUACAGAUUGCCUACUCACUCAUCGGAUUGCUCCUGGCUGUCAAUGCAGGACUGUUUUUGUUUCUAUACUGCAAAGAUCGUGCACCAUCCUCCCCUGCUCUGUCACGGUCACAUGAAGAUCUGACCAGGCCCCCAGACACAAAAUGUUUUAUAUCGUUGCUUAUCAUGCUGCUGUUUCUAUUCUUCUUCACAUAUGUCGGUAUGGAAGUGACUUUUGGGGGCCUUCUAACCACUUUUGCAGUGUACUAUCCCAUGGACCGUUGGACCCCCUCCUCAGCAGCGUUGCUGACAGCUGUUUUCUGGGGUUGUCUCGCGCUGGGGCGGUGUUUUGCUAUUUUUAUUGCGCGCUGCUUCAAGCCACCAUGUAUGAUGGUGAGCAACCUGUGUUUGACUUUGUUAGGUGCAGUGAUACUCAGUUUCUUCGUGCAGUUAAACUCUGCCAUGUUGUGGAUUGGAACAGUUACCCUAGGCUUGGGCAUGUCAUCGUUAUUCCCUACCACCAUUUCCUGGGCGAAUUCUUACUAUCCACUCACUGGCAGAUCCACGGCCAUUUUUGUAGCGGGGUCGGGAGUUGGUGAGAUGAUAAUUCCUGUGAUGACGGGAUACCUUUUUGAGAAGGUGAACCGAAUGUCUCUUAUGUAUGUCACUUUGACAUUAUCAAUUCUGAUGUCGCUGGUGUAUCUGUGUCUUCAACUGGUCGUCUACCAGAGAGGCAAGACUAGCACCAGGAGGUCACACUCUGGUUUCAUGAGAUUGAACGAUGUUGAAGACAUGAAUGAUGCUGUGGAUAUGGACACCAUCGAGUUCUCUGAAGGUGGCCUCACACACAUUACUGAAACAACAAUGGAGAGAUCUCAUAGAGAGGAAGAGGAGGAGAGGAAGAAGAAUGGUGAUGCUUACAACACAACAGAGUUUACCAGACUUGUGGAGUUGAGUGAUUAG